UGACAAGUAUUCUCUUCUCCACUCCAGCUAUCCCGGACGCCCGCCCCACCUCUUCCACCGCCAUCUCUCCUGUUCCGAAGCAACACCAGAAACUCACCCCCCCAUCAUCACUCAAUUCUCGUCUUCUAGCCUACCAAACUUGAGGGUACCCCAAAUAGUCCCUUGCUGACAAAUAUUCUAAAAAUCAGCCGCCAGCAAACCCCAGAUUAUCUUCACUACUCAAGAGGUGGUAGAUCCCGUGAUUAAAGCUGGAUAAAUUCGGUCGAUUUCGGGACCUCCGCCGACGCUUCUCCCUCAAAGACAAGAGGAUGUCGGCCCUUCCAAAGCAGCUCGGAACUAUCGACGGUGCAACCCAGACGGAGCCGCUCACUCGCAAAGCAAGCCAAAGCCCCCCUCAAGACGAUGUAUGUUGUAUAUUUGUCCACGCUGGGGCCGGCUAUCACAGCAUUCAGAAUGAGAGGAUCCACCUUCAGGCAUGCAAUGAGGCUGCUGCUAUGGCCAUGAUGAUCCUUCGUAAUGGAGGUAGUGCAAUUGACGCGGUGGAAAUUGCCGUCAAAGUGCUAGAAGACCGAGAGAUCACGAAUGCCGGUUACGGAAGCAACCUCACCAUGGACGGCGUUGUGGAGUGCGAUGCAUGCAUUGUCGACCAUCAUGGCCGCAGUGGCGCUGUCGGCGCCGUAGCUCAAAUAAAAAAUCCAAUAUCAUUGGCGCGAUGUGUCCUCAGUCACUCGAUGCAGACUCUAACGCUUCGCCGCGUUCCGCCGAACCUGUUAGUGGCGCAAGGGGCGACAAACUUUGCCAUCGAAAUGGGCAUCCCCAUACUUCCCAUGGACGCAAAUAUCUCACCAGCAGCCAAAGAGAGAUGGAUCCGAUGGAGAGCGGAUCUCAAAGCAGCAGAGCGAAAGGCGAAGAAGCAGGGUGCUCAUACAUCCACAAUGAGGAUUUCGGUGAGGAUCCCGGAUGCCGGUGAAGAAGAGAGAGUCCGAGAAAAAAUGCGGGACCAGCACGCGCAAAACAUGCUCCAGCAGGGAGCUCUCAUGCAACAAUCAAUAUCUCCUCCUGACUCAGAUCAAGAUCCGCUCUUUUUCGCGACGAAAGAAAAUUCCACGAGCCCAUCAGGCCCGUCCGAACCUUUAUCUGACUCUUCAACAUCCUGGAACAGCGACGAAGCCAUGAACACUCCAGAUUCACCUACAUCUGAGCAAGUGCGGGGACAACCUAUGGCUCCUGCUCAUUCCAUAAUGGAAUCUUCUCGGAAUGCAUUCAUCAAUAGUACCCAACAAGUUCCGACAGUCAAGUCAUUACGAGACAUUACACCGCAACUUCUGGCAGAAGACUCUAUGAUGCAAGACACUGAAGACCCUCCAAGACACCGUGUUGGGCAUAUUUCAGCUCGUAGAUCGUUUGGUGAUGGUUCUUCAGAUGACUCUGAUUCCACAUCAAGCGCCAAAACAAUACAACCCUCACCUGAUUCACCACAUGCUGCGGCAAUGAAGAUGCCUUUACCAGAGACACCUUCGGAGAAGAACAUCGAGGACCCCACACCUAGAUGGCCAACUCCGUUGAAUCAUGUCCAUGAAACUGCACCAUUUCCACCAACUGCUGUCCCCUCUUCUUCACCCACGAAGGACCAGGAAGAUCACAUUACGGACACUGUUGGCGCCAUCGCAGUCGAUAGUUGGGGCAACAUCGCAUGUGGGGCUUCCUCUGGAGGGAUCGGAAUGAAACAUCGAGGGAGGGUCGGCCCAGCCGCUCUUAUCGGUAUCGGGACCGCUGUGAUUCCGGUUGACCAAGAUGAUCCAGAGAGAACAACCGUAGCUACAGUAACAAGUGGCACCGGUGAGCAUAUGGCAACUACAAUGGCCGCUACAGUAAGCGCCGAACGUCUAUACCAGAAUAUCAAAAGAACCAAAGGAGGGUUAUACCAAGACGUAACCGAGGACGAGGCCCUAAAGAACAUGAUUGAGAACGAAUUCAUGGGCCACCCCAGUGUUAAAAAUAGCAAUUCCGCUGGUGCGAUUGGAAUACUAGGUGUUAAGAAGACAGUUGAUGGCGUCUUUCUUUACUACGGCCAUAACACAGAUUCCUUCGCAAUGGCGUCCAUGCAUUCAGAUGAAUCGAAGCCAUGGUGUGCGAUGUCACGCAGCAGUGGUAACGGAAGCAUCGCCCAAGGCGGACGUAUGUUACGAUAUCGGCGGAGAAAGAAAACCACUGUCAUCUCACGAUAGUGCCGGGGUCUACAGGGGGUUUUAGGAAACCCCCGUUCUCCGUCCAGAGUUGUACCCACUACAACUUGGCUCGAUCGCACAAAUGCACGGCCUAGCCAUAUCUGAUCCGGGAUCUUGGAACUUGCAAAACAGUCAAUGAUUCUUUCC